AUGAGCGAAAAAUCAUCUUUAACGAUUCAUGGAGUGACGGAUACAUUAGAAGAAGAUGACGAAAAAUACACCGAUGCACUUCAAACAGCUGGAGACGUUUUCGCUGAGGUAGAAGCUCUUUUUGACGAAGAGAAUUACGAAAAACGGAAUGGAUGGUUCAAGGAUGAAUCGAAUGACGAAGGGGACAUCGUAUAUGCUAAAGAUACGCGUCAUGGAAGAAUGGUAAGAAUCUCCACAGAACUUCCAAUGCCUCCAGAUUUUGUCAUGAAAGAGACGUGGGAUGGAAUGGAGACGUUGCCAGAAUGGAAUCAGAAUAUCAAUUUCGCUGGAGUUAUCGCCUCGCCAACGCCGAAUUUCGAUAUUGUAACGUACGGUAACAAUGAUGUUCUUGUUGUGAGUGGUCGUGAAUUUGUAUCAGCUAGAAUUUGGAGAAAAGUUGACGAUGGAUAUAUUCUGGCUUCCAGAAGUGUCACUGUUCCAUCCUUCAAAUCUAAACACAAAGGAAAAGUUCGCGCUCAUCUUCAUAUGGCAGGAGCUCGUUUCCGUGUGAAUCCAUCCAAUCCAGAAACCACUUUAUGUGAUGUUGUGAUGCUUGCCGAAUUGAAAGGAUUUCUGCCAAAGAUGCUUGUGAAUCAGGUCAUUGGACGUAUAAUGCUCAUGGAUACUGUCACCAAUCGGCGUCAUUUCCAAGAUCUGAAAGCUAAACGGGACAAUAACGACGAUUAA